AUGUCCCAAUCCAAGGCCGGUAGGAGGAGGAGGUCGAGCAGUAUCAUCUACCAGGAGCCGGCGGAAUCCAUCGAGCACACCAGCGAUCAGGCUGCCUUGCCCAAUCUGAAUGCGAACUGGGUUAAUGCCAAGGGUGAGUGGGUGGUUGAGCAGCGAUGCAUGAAUACCGAGAGCUUAGAUCCGUUUAUUUGGUUCUGGAAGGCUAACAUUCGUUUCCUGCGACUAGGUGCCUGGACAAUCCAUUUCGUUCUCAUCAUCGCCUUGAAGAUCUUCUACGAUAUCAUUCCCGGCGUCUCGCAGGAGACAUCAUGGACGCUCACGAACAUCAGCUACAUGUUUGGCUCCUUCCUGAUGUUCCACUGGGUGCGGGGUAUUCCAUUUGAAUUCAACGCGGGUGCCUACGAUAAUCUCAACAUGUGGGAGCAAAUCGACAAUGGAGAUCAGUACACGCCGACGAAGAAGUUCCUGCUCUGUGUCCCCAUCUGUCUCUUUCUCCUCAGCACGCACUACACGCACUACGACUUGACGUAUUUCACCAUCAAUUUCUUGGCCACGUUGGCUGUUGUUAUUCCAAAAUUACCAUUCUCGCACCGUCUACGGAUAGGUCUCUUCUCCGACAUGCCGGACGAGUCGACAUAG